AUGGUCGCCCGCUCAAACCCCUUCUUCUCCACCACCCAGACCUUCUUUGCUCCCUCCGUAGGGGACAAGGUCGACAGCGCCAUCGCUCAGGGCAAGGCGUACGGCCACGAGGCUCAGGCCAAGGCCGACCAGCUCCUCAACAAGGGCGACAACCUCAUGCACAAGGCUGGCGUCAAGGUCGCCGAUGCCAAGGGUGCUGCCUCCACCGCUGUUGGCGCGUCCCCCACCGGUGUUGACCUCUACGCUCGGUUCGCCCUUGCCGGUGCCCUCGGAUGUGCCAUCACCCACGGUGCCCUUACUCCCGUCGAUGUCGUCAAGACCAGGAUCCAGCUCGAGCCCGAGGUGUACAACCGCGGAAUGGUCACUGCCUUCCGUCAGGUUAUUGCCGCUGAAGGUGCUGGCGCUCUUUUGACCGGUCUCGGCCCCACCAUUGUCGGAUACUCUAUCCAGGGUGCCUUCAAGUUCGGAGGUUACGAGUUCUGGAAGAAGCAGGCCAUCAACACUUUCGGUCUCGAGAAGGCCCGUGAAAACCGGACGGCCAUCUACCUCGGUGCCUCCGCCAUCGCCGAGUUCUUUGCCGACAUUGCCCUCUGCCCCCUCGAGGCUACCCGUAUCCGUCUCGUUUCGCAGCCCACCUUCGCCAACGGUCUCGUCGGCGGUUUCGGCCGUAUCCUGAGGGAAGAGGGUCCCGCUGCCUUCUACGCCGGUUUCGGUCCCAUCCUGUUCAAGCAGGUUCCCUACACCAUGGCCAAGUUCGCCGUCUUCGAGGUCGCAUCCGAGCAGAUCCUUUCGUCGAUGGGCAGGACCAAGGAGUCCCUCUCCGGUGGUGCCGCCACCGGCGUUAACCUCGGUGCCGGUCUCAUCGCCGGUAUGGCUGCCGCCGUCAUUUCGCAACCCGCCGACACCCUCCUCUCCAAGAUCAACAAGACCAAGGGCGCGCCCGGACAGUCUACCACCUCGCGUCUCGUAACCAUGGCUGGCCAGCUCGGCGCCAAGGGUCUCUUCACCGGUAUGAGCGCCAGGUUGGUCAUGAUCGGUACCCUUACCGCUGGUCAAUUCAUGAUCUACGGAGACAUCAAGAAGGCUUUGAACGCGACCGGCGGUGUCGAGAUCUCCAAAUAG